AUGUCUUCGCGACACAGAAUUGAUCUAGGUGAUGCUAAACCUCGCCGCUCCAGAUUUAGCGAUGCCCCCGAGGACAACCACACGCGGGAGCGAUCCCGCUCUCCGGAUCGCAAUUCCAAGGCGCACAUGCCCAUUCCUACUAACCUCUCGGUUCAAAUCAACCCAUAUAAUGGCAAGGCGUUUUCGGCGAAGUAUUACGACAUUUUCCGAAAACGUAUUCAACUCCCCGUGUGGGAAUAUAAAGAGGAAUUUUUCAAAGUCCUCUCUGAUAACCAAGUCACUGUUCUUGUUGGUGAAACCGGGUCUGGGAAGACCACUCAAAUACCUCAAUGGUGUUUAGAAUGGAUCACUGGCCGAUAUCCUACAAAAAAAGCAGUGGCUUGUACCCAACCACGGCGAGUUGCCGCAAUGUCGGUCGCUCAGAGAGUCUCUGAAGAAAUGGAUGUGGAGCUUGGCCAAGAAGUUGGAUACAGCAUACGUUUUGAAGAUUGCACAUCCGGUCGCACUCUCUUAAAAUAUAUGACCGACGGCAUGUUGCUACGUGAGGGCAUGUCCGAUCCUUUGUUAGAGGCUUACGGAGUGAUUCUGCUGGAUGAAGCUCACGAACGCACUUUAGCUACAGACAUCCUCAUGGGUUUAUUGAAAGAAGUGAUCAAACAGCGUUCAGAUUUAAAAAUUGUUGUCAUGAGCGCCACACUUGAUGCGGGGAAGUUCCAAGAUUACUUUCACAAAGCUCCUCUUAUGACCGUGCCCGGGCGUACGCAUCCAGUGGAAAUUUUCUACACACCAGAACCGGAGCGAGACUAUUUGGAGGCUGCUAUCCGCACUGUGAUUCAAAUACACAUGUGCGAAGAGGUGGAGGGUGAUAUCCUAUUGUUCCUAACCGGUCAAGAGGAGAUCGAAGAGGCGUGCAAGCGGAUCCAGCGCGAAGUCGAGGGUUUGGGUCCCGAU